GAAAUUACCAAAAUACCCCAAUUAAAUAAGUGAAAAGACACAUAUACCCUAACUUGCAUACCAUGUUUAGCAUUGUAUUUUCCCAUUAUUAUAGAUAGCCCAUAAGGCCAUAAAUCUAUUUCAACACCCAAAACCCAACACAAAAAAUACAACAAAAAAAUUGGAGGAAAAAAAAAAAAAAAGUAAAUCCUCUCCAUCAAAAAACCGAAAGAGCUCAAUCAUACCCCUUUAUCUUGUCCAUAUUUUCACAAUUCACCAACACCACCAUUACCGUUAGCACCUCUCUUAACCCUCACCUCGAAACCACCUCUUAGCCACCGCCAUGAGCUGAACCAGGGUGGCACCACAACCAUACCCCCCAAUAUCCAUAUUUUUUCGCAACACUAUACGAAUCAUGUCAUUAAUUAGCAGUAUUAGUAGUUCCAAUAUUAACUUAUUGGGUACUUUUAUUUCUUCUUGUUCGUCGUCUUCAACCUUAUCUCUUCCUUCAUCUGUUUAUCUUCACCAAAUUCAACAGCGUCGUUGUUGUUGCGCUUUAAAAACUGGAAGCCCUGAAUCCUACGGCCCUGAUUUGUUGAGGAAACCGGUUGUUUCUCCUCCAUCGCACGCUGAGAAUUCUGUCGAAAACCAUACUGAGAAUUUAGAGGGAGAAAAUAGUUUUGAGAGGGUAGCGGAUAGAGAGAGUUGGGUUGAUUGGGAAGACCAGAUUUUAGAGGAUACUGUUCCACUUGUUGGCUUUGUUAGAAUGAUUCUUCAUUCUGGAAAAUACCAAAGUGGCGAUAGAUUGACUGCUGAGCAUGAGAAAAUGAUUUUGGAGAGGUUGCUACCGUAUCACCCUGAAUGUGACAAUAAAAUUGGAUGUGGAGUUGAUUACAUCACUAUUGGAUACCAUCCUCAGUUUCAAGACUCCCGGUGUAUGUUCAUAGUUCGCAAAGAUGGUGAGUUUAUUGACUUCUCGUACUGGAAGUGCAUUAAGGGCUUCAUCAGGAAAAAUUAUCCACUGUAUGCAGAAAGUUUUAUCCUGAAGCAUUUUCGACGGCGUAGACGAUAUGAGUGAAGCUGGUAAUGAAACCUGGAAUCGUCCAAUUACAUGAUUUUGUCACUUUCAUUGUAUUGUUAAUAUAUUUGUAUUAAGACUGAAACUAUGGUAAGUAAAGAUUUUUAAAGUGUAAUACCGUAUUGUAAAAUUUGAACCACACCGUGGGAUGUGGAAUUCUGGAGCUAUAGGCUGAAAGAUGCAUUGCACAUUUUGUUCUAGGCCUCAAUACAACUGUCUAGUUUUCCAAUUUUUGUUGGAGCUCUUUUAGGAGUGGCAUGUAUUUUUAAUGAAUUAUUGUGAUACAUGCCACUAAGUAAGCGAUUUUUUGAUAGAUUUUUUUAAGGUAAAAUUGUUGUAUAGAGUUUUAUUAUCA